UGACCGUUCUAUCCGGAUGAGUAGGCCCACAUAUGGCCCACGUGGCUGCAAAUGAACCGAGCCGAUCUGAGUUUUACCUUGUUCGAGCUAAGCUUGAUAAGGAUUUUCAUUGUUCGAUCUUAACCGAGCUUUGUAAUUUGUUGGUUGAGCUUUGUUCACUAAGAAUUAGGAUGUCUCAAGCUUGGCUCGAGCCUGCUCGUUCAGCUCGAGCUUGAACCCUGGUGUGGGCCUCGUGCCUGGCCGGUCUGUGUCUAGAAUGGGCUAAGGGAAAGUCGUGAUGUGUCGCUCUCUUGUCUCUUCCGUAAAUGAGACCCACGCACGUGAUGUGCUGGGGUGGAUCAAGCGAUGCUAGCGGGCUCCGUUACUAAUUUAAUUAUCGUUUUUUGUUGAUUGCAUAAAAAAAAUAAGCGCGUGCUGAUGUUGAGUUUUUAAAAUAGUGUACACCAUGGCCCAUCGCCGUGCCUCUCAUGUCGUGUCGGAUUUACUACGGGAUCGGAUCGGGUCGGGGUCGGUAGUCCACCUACUGGCCCAUGCCCAUCUCAACUUAUAUUACAAUAUUCAAUAGAGGAUAUAAUUAUAUAAUAUAGUUGUCCUUCAUUAAGAACAUCGUGGUUAAAUGUUAUGGGUGGUAGAACAAGCAUGACUUCCUUGACCAAAAUUUCUCCCCUCUCCUUCAUCCUCAUCCUCCUCCACUCCCACCACCACCCCGCCACCGCGACCGCCACCACCACCAUCUACGAAAUCCUCCCUAUAUUCGGCCUCCCGGGCGGUCUCUUCCCCGACUCAGUCAAGAACUACACAUUCUCCAUAGAAGACGGCACCUUCGCAGUCGAACUCGAAAAACAGCAGCCUUGUUACGUGCAGUUGGAAGAUUACAUGGUCUGCUACGAUGAGCUUAUAUCAGGCACCUUAAAGAUAGGAUCAAUCACUAAUUUGGAAGGUGUUAGGGUGAAAUGGCUAAUGAUUUGGCUUAAAGUUGAUGAGAUUAAGGUUGAUUUGCCUCCUAAUGACAACAUUUACUUGCAAUUUGGUUUAGUUAACAAGAAACUUGAUGUUAAUCAGUUUAGAACCAUUCAUUCUUGUACUUACCAGGAUAAGUUGAUGUUCAAGAGGCAAGGCCGUACAACUUCAUCAAGCUCGAGUUGAUGAAUGAUAAUGGCAAUUUAUGCUAUCGAAUGAAGACGUUGUAAACUACUUCUUGAAGAGUGACUUUUGAUAAAGAAAAAGAGAAGUGUACAUUUUAAAUACUCUCUUGCUUCUCUAGAGACUCUGCAAUAGUGGUUUAAAAUUAUACAAAUUUGUCAAUAAUUUGUUAAUUAUGUAUUGUUAUUAUAAAAUUAAUUGGAUAAAAUGUUAAAAAAAAUAGAAAUCGAAUUCAAUUAAAUUCAAUUUUGGUAGACACAAAUAGUCUCUAAAUGAAUAAUAUUGUAGCAUGAUUUUAUUUCAGUCACAAAAAACCAUUCUGAUACAUUAAAUAACUAACUUAAUCGACAUCCACUAAUAAUUCAUACUGGGCAAGUGAAUAGUUUGAAGUGAUUGACACGUAAUUAGUUUCAUAAACCUAAACAAAACGUAAAGACAAACCCUAUGUGUCCUGAAAAAGUCAACAAACACUUGUUGCAUCAUCAUCAAUUCAUGGCUCUUUCAUGGAGUUUUCAACCUUCAACCUCUUUCAUCAUCAUCAUCAUCCUUUCUCUCUCCUCCCUCUGUAUCUCAAAUCCUGACCAUCCAUCAAACCCAAUCAACGGUUCCCAUACUUCCCAAGACAUCCAUGACAUCCUCCCAGAAUUCAACCUCCCAAAAGGUAUAAUCCCAAAUGCAGUAAAAUCAUAUACUCUAUCUUCCAAAGAUGGAAGCUUUACUGUAAAAAUGGAACACCCCUGUUAUGUCAAUUUCCUUGAUGAUCAACUUGUUUACUAUGAUAAGGUUAUUAAAGGGAAGUUGAGUUUUGGGAAAGUUUCCCAUGUUUCAGGAAUUCAAGCUAAGAAGCUUUUUGUUUGGAUUCCGGUUUCGGGUAUGGAAAUGGAUACAGAUUCGGGUAUGGUUGAGUUCUAUGUUGGGGUUUUCAGUCAGAAACUUCCUGCUAAACAGUUUGAGAUUAUUCCCACUUGUAUGAACAAGGCAAAGGCAGCUUGUUCUUCAUCAUUUGACUCUGUUCUUAAUUUAAGAUUAAGAUUCAGAUCAAGAUCAAAAUCAUUCUUGGUCAACUACUACAACCCCCUCUAAUCCCGCAAAUUAGAAGCUACACCCGGUGUCUGAUCUUUCUUUUUCCUGCUUGAGCAAUGUAUACUGUGUUUAAAUAUUUUUACUUUGUUUCAAUGUAAGUUUCGAUGUAUGUUCUGCCAAUUAGAAGCUACACUCGGUUGCAUGUAUGUUUUAAUGUAUAUUUCCCGUCAAAGGAAAAUGUAUGUUUCAUUGUUUUCCAUUUAUGCAAAUGUAUAUACCUGUUUUAGAAGAAAAA